UGACCUGGGCUGAAACCAAGAGUCGGAUGCAUAACUGACUGAGCCACCUAGGCGCCCAGACGGUUUUGCUGUUAUCACUUGACGUGAAGUUGGAAAAUUGUGAGAGUCUGUUGGGCAUCCUGUUCUCCGUGUUCAUCCUUGAACCGUCCAGCAUGCAGGCCUCCAGCUCCAGGUCCGUGCACCUGAGCGAAUGGCAGAAGAAUCACUUUGCCAUUACAUCUGGCACAUGUGCAUCCGGACAGAAGGCAGACGCCUACCGAGCGCAGAUAUUACGCAUUCAGUACGCAUGGGCAAACACGGAGAUCUCCCAGCGCUGCGCCGCCACGCUGUUCAAAAAAUAUGCAGAGAAAUACGCUGCGAUUAUUGAUUCUGACAGUGUCGAGACUGGCUUGAAUAACUAUGCGGAAAGCAUUUUAACUUUAGCAAGAUCGCAGCAAACCGACAGUGGCAAGUGGCAGUCUGGAUUGUCAAUAAAUAACGUUUUCAAAAUGAGUAACGUACAGGGGAUGAUGCGAGCUGGCAACAAAGCCAGGGAGUCUCUGUUGGCACCCGCCGAUGUGUCGGGAUUCAUCCGCAAAGAGGCUGUCAUCUUCGCUCCUCCUAAAUCGAGUGGUGGUAGUGGUUCUGGGGACAGGGGCCCAGUGACUGACACAGCUCAUAAUAGGACCCGAGACAUCCCAGAGGGUAGUCCUUUGACCUGUCCUCAGAAUGCCUGGCCACUUGGGCUGACUAACACCAGUCAGACGUGUCCUGCAUCCCUAACACCUUCCGGUGAAUUUGCCGCCGCAAAAUUGCAUGCCACACCGCUGUUUGGAAGUGUCAAAGAGGAAAAUAACAGCUCUCCCAAAGCCAGCCUAGGACUGAAUGAGUUCUCAGCUCAUCAGUCUUGUUUGCCCUCCGGCUGUGACAGUCCAUGGCUGAGGAGAGCUUUUUAUGGUUCUGGGAUCAUCGAUGCACUUUCCACACCAGUGGCCAGUAAGGCUUUGCCUAAAACAGAAGAUGGCGCCCAAAGAGAAGAGGGCGGCCUGCCUGCUUUUAAAACUGCAAGAGAGCAACUCUGGGUGGAUCAGCAAAGAAAGAACCAGCAGCCCCAGCGUGUCUCAGGGUCGGCGUAUGGUGGUGUGAGGAAGUCUCUGGGAGCCGGUCGGUCCCGGGGAAUACUUGGCAAGUUCGUUCCUCCUGUGCCGAAGCAGGACGGGGGAGUGCAGUACAAGCCUUCCGGCGCGGGACCUGCAGAGCCAGCACGUCCCGGGGACGAGCGUCUGAAGAACCUGGAGCCAAAGAUGAUCGAACUUAUUAUGAAUGAGGUCAUGGAUCGUGGACCCCCGGUAAAUUGGGACGACAUCGCAGGAAUAGAAUUUGCCAAAGCCACGAUAAAGGAGAUCGUUGUGUGGCCCAUGGUGAGGCCGGACAUCUUCACCGGUUUACGAGGACCCCCGAAGGGAAUUCUGCUCUUCGGGCCCCCUGGGACUGGGAAAACUCUGAUUGGCAAGUGCAUUGCCAGCCAGUCUGGGGCAACGUUCUUCAGCAUCUCUGCUUCCUCCUUGACUUCCAAAUGGGUAGGCGAGGGGGAGAAAAUGGUCCGUGCGUUGUUUGCCGUCGCAAGGUGCCAGCAGCCGGCUGUGAUAUUUAUUGAUGAAAUUGAUUCCCUGUUGUCUCAGCGAGGAGAUGGUGAGCAUGAGUCUUCUAGACGGAUCAAAACCGAAUUUCUGGUUCAGCUAGAUGGAGCAAGCACCUGUUCUGAAGACCGUAUUCUGGUGGUGGGGGCAACCAAUCGGCCCCAGGAAAUCGACGAGGCCGCCCGGAGAAGGUUGGUGAAAAGGCUUUAUAUCCCUCUCCCGGAAGCUUCAGCUAGGAGGCAGAUCGUGACGAACCUCAUGUCCAAGGAGCAGUGUUGCCUGAGUGAGGAUGAGGUCGGCCUGGUUGUGCAGCGGUCUGAAGGGUUCUCGGGGGCCGACAUGACGCAGCUGUGCAGAGAAGCGUCUCUUGGGCCCAUUCGCAGUUUACAAACUGCUGACAUCGCUACCGUGACCCCAGAUCAAGUUCGACCAAUAGCUUACGUUGAUUUUGAAAAUGCUUUUAGAACUGUGCGACCCAGUGUGUCUCCUAAAGAUUUAGAGCUUUAUGAAAACUGGAACAGAACCUUUGGUUGUGGGAGGUGAACGGGACACUUGAAGUUUAAAGAUGGCGCCUUGGUAACGGCCCUUUCCGACCUUGUAGCUCAGGAAACUGGGAGUUUAUUCGCUGUACUCUCAGGGUGUAUUUUGAAUUCUACACCUCAAAAAAACAGAGUAGUAACAGCUGCGAUUUUACAAUUGAUUGACUUAGCCCUUUUUUUUAAUUUAAUUUUGAGAGAGAGAGACAGAGCAUGAGCAUGGGAGUGUCAGAGA